UUAAAAAUUCUUUUUUUAGAUGUUCAGUAGAUCCAUUAAUUUUGCCUACCCCAACUUAUUCUGAAAAUUCUUUGAAGGCAAAUGUUUUAUCUGCUGUAGCUAAAUUCCCAGAUGUGUUCAAUUACUGUUUGCCUUAAAGAUUCUGGAAGGUGUGAUGGAAUUACUCCUCCCGAAUGUUCACCUCCCAUUGCUUCUGAUUCAGUUGACAAUACAAAACGUGUUAAAAGGGGAAUUAAAUCUGAUGAAUGGGAAUUACAUUCACCUUUAAUUACUGUAUUUGAUCCUGUUGAUCAGAACAACGAAGAUAACGAUUUUACUCAAAGUAAGGAAAAAAGUUUUUUUAUUAAAAAGGGAGGGAGGGCUAAUUUUAUAAAGGAUUAUAUUUUAGAAAGAGGAAGGACUAGAGUUCGAACCGAGAAGAAAUCUUAAACAAAAAUAUGGCCAAUCGAAAAAUUUCGGAAUACGGCCCUCCAUAUCCGGCCCCUAGAAAGGAACAGAAAUGAGUCCCUAGUCUACAAAUAAUCCCUUCCCUCCCCUAUUUUUAUUUUUAAAGGACGGGUAUAUAGGAGAAAUUAAAUCUUAAAUUAAUUUUUUUAUUUUUAAGAAGCCCCCCUUCCAUUCUCCCUCAAUAAAGCAAAAUUAUCGCCACCACCCACUCAACAACCACCAGAAUUUUGUCUUUCAAUAAUUUCCCUAUGUGCUCUCGUUUCAAUUUCAACAUUUCUUUUAACAAUAAUUAGUGGAUCUAUUUUAAUUAUUUUACUUUUUAGAGACCCUAAAAU